GAGACCACUUUCUAUGGCAGAGCUUUGAUUAUCCUUGUGAUACAUCGUUGCCAGGAAUGAAGCUGGGAUGGGACCUUGGAACAGGUCUAGAGAGGACUCUAUCAUCUUCAAAAAGUAUCGAUGAUCCCGGCCGCGGACACUACACACUUAGAAUAGACCUUAGAGGUGAUCCACAAAUUGUUCUAAUGAAUGGAAAUGCCACAACAAUUAGAGUAGGGCCAUGGAAUGGGAUAAUGUUUUCAGGAGCUACAACUUAUUUGCGCUAUAGCCAAUUUUCAUCUCAAUUUGUUUUCAAUGAACAAGAAGUGUUUGUUAGGUUCAGACCGGAAAAUACAUCCAAAUAUAUUAGAGGUGUAGCGUACCCAUGGGGAGCUUUGCAGGUUUUGCAUUGGUCAAUACAAACAAGAGGCUGGGAGACCCUUAUUUCUAUACCGGAGGCCGAAUGUGACAAGUAUGCUACUUGUGGUGCAAAUUCUAUUUGCAGUACUACUCCUACUCCUGUCUGUUCAUGCCUUGAAGGAUUUGCACCAAAAUAUCCUGGAAAAUGGAAGGAAUCUGAUUGGUCUGAUGGUUGUGUUAGGAUCACUCCUUUAAGUUGCAGCAGAGAUGGAUUCAAGAAGGUCACCGGCAUAGUGUUGCCGGACACGUCUGCUUCUUGGUAUAACAAGACCAUGAACCUGCUGGAAUGCAAGGAAUUCUGUCUGAAAAAUUGUUCUUGUACGGCAUAUUCCGAUUUGGAUAUCCGUGAUGGAGGAAGCGGUUGCUUGAUCUGGUUUCAUGAUCUUGUUGACAUUAGACAAGGGUCACAAGACUUCUAUAUCCGAAUAGCUGAUAAGCAGAACAAUGAUUCCAGCAAGAGGAAGCAAGCAGGCAUCAUUGUUGGCUUUAUAUUGUUCAUCAUGAUCAUAAUACUUGGACUGAAAUUAUUUCUAUGGAGAAAAAAACUUGUGGAGACAGAUAUAUUUUGGUUGAAGCAGCGUGAUCACAGACGGGAAAAGGAGGAUAUGGACCUCCCAACAUUUGAUUUAUCAACCAUAGUUCAUGCCACUGAUCAAUUUUCUAGCCGCAACGAAUUGGGAAAAGGUGGAUAUGGACCAGUUUAUAAGGGUGUACUUUCAAAUGGAACCGAGAUUGCGGUCAAGAGACUUUCCAAGAACUCCGACCAAGGAUUGCAGGAGUUCAAAACGGAAGUUCAGCUAAUUGCAAAACUUCAGCAUCGCAACCUUGUAAAACUUCUUGGUUGUUGCAUUCAGCAAGAAGAGAAACUUCUGAUCUAUGAGCUCAUGCCCAACAGAAGUUUGGACUAUUUUAUUUUUGAUGAUGCUAGAAGAAAAUUAUUAGAUUGGACCAAGCGCUUUCACAUUAUUAGUGGCACAGCUCGGGGUCUAGUUUAUCUGCAUCAGGACUCUAGACUAAGAAUCAUUCAUAGAGAUCUAAAAACUAGUAAUAUUCUUCUUGAUGAAGACAUGAAUGCAAAAAUAUCAGACUUCGGUAUUGCUAGGACAUUUGCUGCCGAUCAAACUGAGGCCAAAACAAAAAGAGUGAUGGGAACUCACGGCUAUAUUUCUCCUGAGUAUGCGGUGCGUGGAUCUUUCUCAAUGAAGUCUGAUGUGUUUGCCUUUGGUGUAAUCAUGCUUGAGGUAGUCAGUGGGAGGAAGAACAGAGAUUUCCGUGUUCCUGACCAAAAUCUUAACCUUCUUGGACAUGCAUGGGAGCUGUGGAAUGAGGGGAGGGCUUUGGAGCUUGUAGAUGAAUCAGUGCGCGAUUCGGUCAUUGAAGUUGAAGCAUUAAGAUGUAUACAGAUAGGGCUGUUAUGUGUGCAAGGGAGACCUGAAGAUAGGCCUAACAUGUCAUCUGUAGUUCAUAUGUUGGAUGACGAUAAACCACUGCCUCGGCCGAGGCUGCCUGCAUUUUAUUCACACCAAGAAGACUCUUCAUUAAGUAAUCAUACAAUUUAUUCAGCAAACGAGGUUACCAUGUCAUUGCUAGCAGCAAGAUAGUUAGUUAGUUAGUUGUUUCGAAUGAAUAGUUGGAGAUGUUUAUCGUUACAGCCAUAAUGCAGUGAAUUGAAGAAGGUUCUUUAUUUUCAACUCUACACACCACACCAUACCAUUUAUAA